UCCCRUGACACCAGCUCUGACUCUCACCUUGCUUUGUUGCCAGUGAAGGCAGCUGCACAUUCAGGGUGCCCAUCAUCCUCUUUUCUUCUUCCCUCUAUUGAAUCCUCAGAUUUCCCCCCCUGCUGCUCGCCCGGACGUGCCCAACCAUGUCGGACAACGAGGAAGUGGUGGAGGAGUAUGAGGAGGUCGAGGAAGAAGAGGAGCCGGCUGCUGAAGGAGAGCAGGGAGGAGAGGAGGACGAAGAGGCUGAGGAAGCAGAGGCUGCACAGGAGGAAUCUGCAGCAGCAGAGGAGGCUGAUGAGGAACAAGGUGAAGAAGAAGCAGAAGAGGGAGAAGAUGGUGAAGAGGAGGCUAAACCAAAAUUCAAGCCUUUCAUCAUGCCAAACCUUAUCCCUCCYAAGAUCCCAGAUGGAGAGAAGGUGGAUUUUGAUGAUAUACAUCGUAAGAGGAUGGAGAAGGACCUGAUGGAGCUUCAGACUUUGAUUGAAGUCCAUUUUGAAAGCAGAAAAAAGGAAGAAGAAGAGCUCAUUGGUCUCAAAGAAAGAAUUGAGAAACGGCGCUCAGAGCGAGCAGAGCAGCAAAGGAUCCGCAGCGAGCGUGACAAAGAGCGUCAGAAGCGUCUGGAGGAGGAGAGAGCUCGUAAGGAGGAGGAGGAGGCUAAGAAGAGGGCAGAAGAUGACGCAAAGAAGAAAAAAACAUUGACCAGCCUCCACUUUGGUGGCUACAUGCAGAAGUUGAACGAAAAACGCAGUGGGAAGAGGCAAACAGAAAGAGAGAAAAAAAAGAAGAUCCUGAGUGAAAGACGCAAACUCCUGGACGUUGAAAACGCUAGUCAGGAAAAACUCAAGGAGAAAGCUAAAGAGCUGUGGGAGUGGAUGUACCAGCUGGAGGCUGAGAAGUUCGAUCUGCAGUAUCAGUUUUCCAAGCAGAAAUACGAGAUUAACGUGCUGAGGAACCGUGUGAGCGACCACCAGAAAACAUCCAAGAGGACCAAGAGAGGCCUGAGGAAGUAGCUGCUGAGGCGCAAUGCGAGCAACGUAAUCAUCAUCCGCCUCCUGGAGAUUUAGCCUCAAACCACGACCUGGCUUUCYUAACACACCCAGGUCCCACCUGUCCCCAGUACCACCACCUUCUGGCAUUURUUUCCAGUUUUUCAAGCUCCUCCUUUUUUUAAUCACUCUUUCAUCUCAUUCCCAUUUUUAGGGACAUUAGWAUAAAUGUUUAAGUGUGUAAAUUAAACCUCAUUUUAAUCACCWGUAA